UGUGCAUUCCAGGUUGGGGUCCACAGUGGCUCAGCUACCUCUGGUACCUGUCCGAUGGAAAGAUCCGCCGCAAGUCUCUCACCUGGACUCACAUACUGCACCUGGGUAUCUUCAAAAGGUGCCACGGCAAUUAAACAAAAAUGAAUUGUGUUUAUUUAAUGCCGAAUAGCUAUGUUGCAUGAGAAGAAGGCGAUUUUGCAACGUGUUGGCAACUUCUGUGCCGACCUCCUUUUUUCACCGUCCAUGCACGUGACGGCCACGCAGUACAGGCUGUGGGAGUGCAUGCGUCUUCCAGACAUGGACGUGUACGGCGAGAUCAUGCAGCAGGCUGACGUGUCCGCCUUGCGGAUGUUGGAGGCCUUGGUGGUCACCCUCCCCGAAACACUGCUGCACACCUACGUGCUCAUCUGCACCGACAUCGGCAUCAAAUCUCCAGCAUCUGUCUGUUUCGCGGUGUGUUUGUUGUCUCUGGCCUGGGCGUUGGUCCUGUAUGCACGAGCCUGUUCCCUCAUCAGACCAGGACACCUGCAUAUGACCCCUGCCGCCAUCUUCUGCCGACUCCUGUGGAGGGUCUGCAUGUUGGGGUCUCGAUUCGGCGUCCUCAUGCUUUUCACGCGGGUCUUCAAGCACUGGGUUCUUGGCGUUAUAGGUGUGCACUGGUUGGGGACCACAUUUUGGAUGGUGUCCCAGCAAACUGACAUCAUCCGUUCAACUAGUCGAUGGAGACUCUUCAAUCUGAUUCUCGGGGCCAUUCACAUCUUCUUCUUCCUCAACGUGAAGUACGGUCCGUCGCGCUUCCGCAUGGCUGGCUUCUACUUGGUCAUGUUUUUAGAGAACAUUUUCCUCCUGCUGGCCUCGUCCUGGUUGUUCAGCAUGGUGUCAUGGGACACGGUGGCCAUCCCGACCGCGGUCCUCUGCAGCUUCCUUAUCGGUGUGAUCUCGUUGGUGCUGUACUAUCGUUUCCUCCACCCCAAAUCCUUUGAGAUCUUCCAGAGUAUCCGCCGUAGAGGGAUCAGUGGCGCCUGCUUGGAGAGUGGGUCUAUACUCUCGUUGGAGGAGAAAGUCACGCCUACUUUUCAUCGCCAUGCGACUUUGUCCGGAGGCGGCACCCUUAUGGACCUCCCACCCCAGUGGGAAGGCUGGAGGCAUCAUCACUGGCUGCUGAUUCGUUUGGCCCUGAAGACGGGGGACGUGCCCAAGAUCUGGUCGGUCUACGGAGAAGGCGGUCUCGCCGGACUCAUGGGCCUGUGUGAAGAGCUUCAUUACGGAAACGAACGUCGGCGCAUAGCGCAGGGCCCACGUAUUCCACCGCAGGUUCCUCAGGUGCUCCAACCAGCUCCUCAGCCGCCCCCACCUCAGGUGGCCCCAGCUCCUCAGAGGGAAGAGAGAGAGCAGGUCCCCCCGCCAAAGCCAGUUCUCACCAAUGUCAUAGCCAGACCUGUGAGGAAAGCUCCUCCCACAACAAUCCACGACAUUAGACUGGUUCCAGAGAUCAUUCCGGUGCACGAGGCUAUUCUUGAAGAGCUCACAGAGGAUUUCAGUGCUCCGCAGACAGAGGAGAAAGGUGAUGAAGAGUUUCAGAGCGCUGUGUACGGCUCACCGUCACUUUCAUCACCCGCCCAACCGAGAAGCCUCCACCACGUCGACAGCAAGUCCGCCACCCUGACCGAGAAGUCGUCCUCUGCAGGUUCUUUGGACAUCAAGACCCCCGCCUGGUCACCUGAACGUCGCUCCCCUCUCCUGAUCAGCUCCCCGGAAAAGAAAUCAGCCACCCCGUUAGACUCGACCUCAUAUUUCAGUGUCGAUGCACCUUCUCCGUCGAGUGGGAGCUAUCUCGGCUGGGGGUCUGAGCUGUCCCCCAUCUCCACCUACAGAAGCCCCUACCGCAUCAGGGAGGCUCGUUUUGUCGCACCGAUUCCACGUCCGGAGUCCCGGGCCGGAUCAGAGAGUCCGAGUCUUGCCCCGGUCGUUAUCAUCCCCGCUACACCCGGUACCACUCCCCGUGCAACCCCGAGCGGGACCCCUGGUUCCAUUACCCCCGCGGCCUCAACGCCCACCGCCUCCACACCUGCUGCAGCCGGUGCUGCAACCCCCGCUAGUGCCACGACACCCAGCACCCCCAUAGUCCCCCUCACCCCAGUCAUCUCCCACGCCCGCAAACAGAUGGUCCAAAUUGUGGACAGCAGAGAGCGGGCUGUGUAAGAAGGUCCAGGUGAACGGCGCCCACCGGCCACAACAUUAGGUACACCUGCGCAAUAUUUAAAAUGCUCGUAUGAUGGGUUCAUGAAUACAUCUCAAGAUGAACAUCAUGUUUUUUAUGAGUCAUCCAGGCAGAUCUUGUAUUGGGUAUUAUUAAAGCAUGGUUGGGCAAAAUGUGGUCCACGGGCCACAUACUAUUCUUUAAUCUGGCUCGCCGAGCACUUACUGCACAUUAUCAAGAGUUGUUUAUAUUGUUUAGUCUUUUUCAAACUAAAAUGGAUGAAUUGAAUUGAAAUGAAUUUAUUUAGCCAUCCAUCCAUUUUCUUAGCCGCUUAUCCUCACAAGGGUCGCAGGAAGUGCUGGAGCCUAUCCCAGCUGUCAACGAGCAGGAGGCGGGGUAAAACCGAACUGGUUUCCAGCCAAUUGCAGGGCACAUGGAGACAAACAGCCGCACUCACAAUCACACCUAGGGGCAAUAUAGACUGUCCAAUUAUUGUUGCAUGUUUUUGGGAUGUUGGAGGAAACCGGAGUGCCGGAGAAAACCCACGCAGGCACGGGGAGAACACGCAAACUCCACACGGGUGGGGCCGGUAUUGAACCCGGGUCCUCAGAACUGUGAGGACAACACUUUACCAGCUGAGACCACCAUUCCGCCACUAUUUAUAUUUUUAUUUAUCCAUCCAUCCAUUUCCUUAGCCGCUUAUCCUCAUGAGGGUCGCGGGAAUUGCUAGAGCAUAUCCCAACUGUCAACAGGCAGGAGGCGGCGUACACCCUGAACUCGUUCCCAGCCAAUCGCAGGGCACAUCGAGACAAACAGUCGCACUCACAAUCACACCUAGGGGCAAUUUAGAGUCUCCAAUUAAUGUUGUAUGUUUUUGGGAUGUGGGAGGAAACCGGAGUGCACGGAGAAAACCCACAAAGGCACGGGGAAAACAUACAAACUCCACAAAGGCGGGGCCGGGAUUGAACCCCUGUCCUCAGAAGUGUGAGGCCAGCGCUUUACCAGCUGACCCACCGUGCCGCUAUUUAUUUAUUUAGUUAUCUAUUUAUUUAUUCGUUUAUUUAUCUAUUUAGUUUUCACAUUUAGAAAAUGGUAACUUGAUUUAUUGUAAAUAAUACAACACAAAUAACAUUAGUUAUUUGGUUAAAAACAAAAUUAAAAUUUUAAAUAAAUAUUUUUUCAUUAUUAUUUUAGGGUAAAGUAUUUUGCGAACAAUUUCUACAUAUUUUUACGUUAUUCAUGAACAGCUUGGCCCCUCCUUUCACUACAGAAAUUAAACGCGCUCCCCCAUGCUUUAUGGUGUGCAGGUGUACCUAAUGAAGUGUCCUGUAUAACCAGUACACAGAAAAUGUGUAGAAAAUGUUCUUUUUGCAAUUGGUGGGAGUGAUGAAUAUUUCCAAAUGACUACACGGCUAUAAUCACAAUGAACAGGCAUACUGAAAUAAAACAGCAUUAUUUUUUUUUCAUUCAAAUUAAUAAGAGUUGGAGCUCUCUCUUGCUAAAAAACUGACUUCCUUUUUCAGGAAACUUACAAGCAAUUUAAAGCUCGUUAGAAUUAUGGCGACGUUUAAGAAGGUUAAUUUUCUAAGUAAGAAAUACGUUUACAUGAAAUGCUGCCUUCCAGGAUGUAGCCUCUUUUCUAAACCACUUGGGUUCUUCUUCUUACUUUUACAAAACGGUACCAAAACACUCUCUUCCUGAUGAAACUAAAAUAUUCAUUGACAGAUAAUAAAGUGUUAUCUUUCAAGUAUUUCAUACUUCAACUGUAACUUUUAGUUGUUGCGGUUUCGUUUAGUCAAACGGGUUUUCAAAACGUUUGCUGAUGUAGAACAUAAAUCAGCCGAGGUCUCACUCCCUAGUUCCUUCUCCUUAACGAUUGUGUACUUUCAACCAAUCUUCAUUAUAAUAAUGCAUUUGUAUUUAAGUCCACGUUUCAGAUCACCCAAUAACAGCGUACGUGAAAUUAAACAGAUUUGAGUUCUGCCAAUCACGUUUCGUAUCAUGAGAGCUAUUUAUUGCAAUAAUCUGCUCAUACGUCAGUUGCUCUUGAAGUACAUAGUUUGUCACAUGCUCUGUGUAUUUCAAGACAAGUGAUGUGGAAUGAUGCAAAAAUGAAAAUACAUUUUCCGACUCAAUCUGCAUGAGGAACGACUGGACCCGUUGCGCAUACUGCAGUAGACGUCGCACACGCUUGGAUGUGAUCGCCACAGCAAUAAAGAAGCUAACGCUAUGUGUCUUUUGUGCACUAAUGAAAAAUACAGUACAAAGUACACGCUUUAGACCACAGAACCGUCGUCACGAAUUGGUGCUUUUCCGCAACUCUGAUGGUUUGUGUGUGUUUAGCGCUUUCUGAUAGCGGCAUUGGUGUCAAACUCAUUUUUUUGUCAUGGGCCAAACCGGAGUCGCGAUUUCCCUGAGAGGGCCGUGAAUCAACAACUGGAGAUGAUUAAUCAAUUCUGGAAUGAGAAGUCAGGGAUUAAGAUAUUGUAAAAACAAAAACAAGGGCGAUUGGUAACACCAAUAAAAAUGCUUCUUCUUUCUUUUCCUUUCGGCUUGUCCCGUUAGGGGUCGCCACGGCGUGUCAUCUUUUUCCAUCUCAGCCUAUCUCGUGCAUCCUCCUCUCUAACACCCACUGUCCUCAUGUCCUUCCUCACAACAUCCAUCAAACUUCUCUUUGGUCUUCCUCUCGCUCUUUUGCCUGGCAGCUCCAUCCUCGGCACCCUUCUACCAAUGUAGGCGCUCUCUCGCCUCUGGACAUGUCCAAACCAUCGAAGUCUGCUCUCUCUCACCUUGUCUCCAAAACAUCCAACUUUGGCUGUCGCUCUAACGAGCCUAUUUUUAAUCCUAUCCAACCUGCUCACUCCGAGCAAGAACCUCAACAUCUUUGUUGCUGCCACUUCCAGUUCUGCUUCCUGUUGUCACUUCAUUGCCACCGUCUCUGAUCGGUACAUCAUGACUGGCUUCACCACUGUUUUAUAAACUUUGCCCUUCAUCCUGGCAGAGACUCGUCUGUCACAUAACACACCAGACACCUUCCGCCAGCUGUUCCACCUUGCUUGGACCCGUUUCUUCACUUCCUUACCACACUCUCCAUUGCUCUGUAUUGUUGACCCCAAGUAUUUGAAGUCGUCCACCCUCACUAUAUCUCUUCACUCUUCCUCCUCUGCCCCUCACAUUCACGCACAUAUAUUCUGUUUUACUUCAGCUAAUCCUCACUCCUCUCCUUUCCAGUGCGUGCCUCCAUCUUUCUAAUUGUUCCUCC